CGCUUGCGGCGGAUUAUUGUAAUCCGACAGAGGGUCUGGACGACACAUCGGAUCACGACGAAAAAAACCAAAGCCCAGCGGCCUGUAACAGAUGCAGCUCGUCCGAGAAUAAAGGGAUAAAGUUGGGAUAUGAUCUGCCGCCCUGCUCGGUGCUCCCGCAGACAGUGAUCGGCGGUGCCCGGGCCGUUUCCUGGACCCAUCCGUCUGACACACUCUGACAGCGGCUUGGCAUCACUGCACCGCGGAGCAGAGGGGAGAGGAAAAGCUUUAACUCGUCGGUUAAAGAGAUCUCCCCCCUUCUCCCUUCCCCCGUCAGGUUCAAGUCCAGCCCGGCUCGGCUCGGCUCGGUUGUCCUGUCUGCGGACCGAAGCGCUGCUGCCGCUCACACUCAACUAGCUAGCGCGGCUAGCUCACCCCAGCUAGCUAGCUAGCUAGUCAGGAAUUUAUCAAGUUUAGUUCGGGAUUGAGUAAAUUUUCCGGCCCGCAGCCCACCACCAGGAGGGAGGAUGUCGGCGAAAGACCAAAAUAAACUCUCCACCAUUGAGCGACCUAUCAAAGCGGUGCCAUAUCCUCCCGGUACACGCCUGACGGUCAAAGACCUGUAUGUGGACGGGAGGCCCAGCGUGGAGCUGCUGAAGGCCCAUCUGGUGAAGGAGGGCCGCCUGGAGGAGGAGGCGGCUCUGCGGAUCAUCAACGAGGGAGCCAGCAUCCUGCGCCAGGAGAAGUGCAUGCUGGAAGUGGAGGCCCCCAUCACAGUGUGUGGAGACGUCCACGGCCAGUUCUUUGACCUGAUGAAGCUUUUCGAGGUGGGCGGGUCCCCCAGCAGCACCCGCUACCUGUUCCUCGGGGACUACGUGGACCGAGGUUACUUCAGCAUCGAGUGCGUCCUGUUCCUCUGGGCUCUGAAGAUCAACCACCCCAACACCCUCUUCCUCCUCAGAGGCAACCACGAGUGCCGGCAUCUCACAGAGUACUUCACCUUUAAACAGGAGUGUAAAAUAAAGUACUCGGAGCGUGUGUACGACGCCUGCAUGGAGGCGUUCGACUGCCUGCCUCUGGCCGCUCUCCUCAACCAGCAGUUCCUGUGUGUGCACGGAGGCCUGAGCCCUGAGAUCACCUGUCUGGAUGACAUACGCAAGCUGGACCGGUUUAAGGAGCCCCCUGCGUUCGGGCCGAUGUGUGACCUGCUGUGGUCGGACCCGGGGGAGGACUACGGUUCAGAAAAGACCCAGGAACACUUCUGCCACAACAGUGUCAGAGGCUGCUCUUAUUUCUACAGUUACCCAGCAGUAUGUGACUUCUUGAUGAACAAUAACCUGUUGUCUGUAAUACGAGCACAUGAAGCCCAGGACGCAGGGUAUCGAAUGUACAGGAAAAGUCAGACGACAGGCUUCCCCUCUUUAAUUACAAUCUUCUCGGCUCCUAACUACCUGGAUGUGUACAAUAACAAAGCGGCGGUGCUGAAAUAUGAGAAUAAUGUGAUGAACAUCCGGCAGUUUAACUGCUCCCCUCAUCCCUACUGGCUGCCCAACUUCAUGGACGUGUUCACCUGGUCUCUGCCCUUCGUCGGAGAGAAAGUGACGGAGAUGCUGGUGAACGUGUUGAACAUCUGCUCUGACGACGAGCUGAUGUCAGAGGGAGACGACACGUGUGAGGGCGGAGCUCCGGCCGUCAGAAAGGAGGUGAUCAGGAAUAAGAUCCGGGCGAUUGGGAAGAUGGCGCGUGUCUUCUCUGUGCUCAGAGAGGAGAAUGAGAGUGUGUUACAGCUGAAGGGCCUCACCCCCACAGGGACGCUGCCUCUGGGAGUUCUGUCCGGAGGUCGGCGAACUCUGCAAAGCGCCACCGUAGAGGCAGAAGAGGCACGAGCCAUUCAAGGCUUCAACCCUCAGCACAAGAUCCAGAGCUUCGAGGAGGCCCGAGGUCUGGACCGCAUCAACGAGAGGAUGCCCCCCCGCCGCGACAGCAAGCAGCAAGAGGCCGCCCCCUCCCUCAACAACCUGCCGGCCAGCACCGGACCCCCGGACAAGAACGGCACCAACGCGCAGGCCUAGGUCCUCCCCCCUCCUCUCCUUCCUCCCCUCACCUCCCCUCUUCCUCCUCUUCUUCCUCCCCUCCCCUUCCUUCCUUCCUCCUUCCCUCUCUCUCCUUUAAGAGCAGGAGACGAGGCAGUUCAGUCCGAGCGACUCUCACCGCGCUUAAUUUAUUUUAUCAUCUAUUAAAUAUCAUAGUUUAAGACUGAACAGGAUCAACUCUCAGCUGGUGGACUUCAAAUCCAUUUUCUAAUCAGGAGGCGGGUGUUCAGGACCACACCGUUUUCUUUUGGGGGAGGAAGUGACGCUCAUUGAAACGCUGUGUUCGUGCCCACACACACACACACACACACACACACACAUAUAUAUAUAUAUACACACACAACAGAAGCAACAGAAUCAGAUCGCAUAAAAUCCAUCCUUUCUUAUGCCAAUGAUAGUGUGACUGAGCUCCCAGGAGCAAGUAUUGACAUUUAUAUUAUAUAUGUAUAUUUUAAUUGUUCCCUCUUUUCAAUGUGAUGUUUUUUUUGUUUGUUUUUU